AUGGACAAAGAAGAGAAAAGUACCGCCGGCCAUGACGAGACCGCCGUCGAAGACAAGAUAGCCCAUGGAUUCGAAUCUCAUAUUGCUGGGACCGAUAUCGCGCUCGGAAUAGUGAACGACUCCCCAGUCAGCUCCGUUUCAGCAGCAGAAGAGAGGCGGGUCCUCCGAAAGAUUGAUUGGAUUAUCAUGCUAAUGCCCAUGAUCACCUUCACGAUGCAAUACAUCGAUAAAGUCAUCCUCAACGGAGCUGCCCAAGUCGGUAUCAUCCAGGACUUGCACUUGUACACGGUCCAAGGCAUUAACCCCAAGACCCAUGAGCCUAUCCUGAAUCUAAAAAGAUUCUCCAAUGUGACCCUGAUCUUCUAUUGGGGAUGUCUCACCGGUUUGCUCCCGGCGUCGUACCUCGCGCAGCGAUUACCAAUCGCCAAAUUCUUGGGAUGCACGGUAAUAGUUUGGGGUGGAGUGGUGAUGCUCACCGUCACUUGCAAAAGCUAUCAGGGUUUCCUCGUUCAAAGAGCUGGCGAGAGAGAUCGACAGGUUCUUCCUCGUCAUACUGAAUGUGCUGUGGCUCCCGGCUUCUCCAUUGUCAUUUCAAUGUGGUGGAGGAGAACACAGCAACUGCCCCGUUUCUCCAUCUGGUACACGUCGUGUGCCUUUGGGGCUCUCGUCGGCUCUUUGCUCAUCUACGGGAUCGGCCACAUCCACGGGAGCCUCGCCCAGUGGAAGUACCAAUACCUCAUCCUGGACGCUAUUACCGUCAUGUGGGGCGUCUUUAUGGUCUUCGCUUUACCCAAUAACCCGGUUACAGCCUAUUUCCUCAACGAAAGGCAAAAGGUCGUCGCCAUCGAAAGAAUGCGUUCUGAGCAGACAGGUAUUGAGAACAACAAGUUCAAGUUAUAUCAAGUCAAAGAAGCCCUCGUCGACCCUAAAACCUGGAUUAUGUUUGCCACCACCUUCUGUAUUCACUUUGUGAAUGGCAGUGUGUCUGGAUUCGGUUCCAUCAUCGUCAACAGCUUCGGCCACUCUCACCUUAAGGCGAUUGCGCUCCAGCGCUGA